AUGUCCGAACUUUUUGAAAGCCAAGAACCAAAGACAGUCCCCUGCUGCGACGACCCCCCUCCUCAAUACGACCCCUGCCAGCCAAGCCAAGAUGUACUCACCUCUGUUAUUGAGAACGAGCAUACCCGCCGGAUAUUAGCCCAACGAUUUAUAAAAUGGGGGACAGAACUCUAUAACCUAGGAAAGAAAAACCCCACCGACACUGAUUACCUUAUGCUUGCGGAGUUAUUUCAAGAGUUGGGUCAGUUAUGUGCAGAGGGGGUGCAGGUUGCUACAGAGUUGGGAAAUAUUUAUAAAGAACGCACCGUUCGGAACACCGGACUCUAUACCGCUAUGGAAAGACUCACUGAUAGUGAGUUCAACCGGACCUAUGCUUCUUUAGGGCGGGAGGAUGCAAACCAGCAGAUGCGACACCAGCUGGCUCGGGACCACGAGGACCACGGCGACUGCUACAGGGACUGUGGAUACAAUUCUCAGCGCCCUUUGGGGACCAAACAAAUACAGGGAGCUGGAGAUUGCACGUGCGACUCUCCGUGCUCUUCCGACCGGUUCUUCGAGCUGUCGGCAAAGGUGGAUAAGAUCAAUGAUAAACUUGGCCAAAGCCUUCAAUCCAAUGAUACAGCCAGUGUUUCGAAGACGACUCAUGAUGCUGCCACAAAGCCACCCAGGAGCUUUUGGAAGAGAAUUUUGAAGCAUUCAGCUCAACCUUGA